AUGGUUCGUUACAGCACCGAAAACCCAGAAAACUGGAGAACAAUAGCAUGUUUACCGAAGCAACGGGGAUGUCGCCGUGGUGCCAGGGGAUGUAAAGACCAUCUAAUGGUUUAUAAGGCCAUAUUGGAAGACGAACAUCAGGCUCAAAAAAACCUUUCCGACGUAGAAACUAAUUUGAAAGUAAAAUACGGUAAGAUUUAA